AGAAUCUGUAAAUUUAUCACAUAAAUAUUGCGUCUGAAUGUGAGUUUUCAAGUCACGUUAUUAAUACUAGAGCAACAUUAAAUUGUCUAUGGUUAACAGGAGCCAUUUUUCUGAAAAAAGUGGUGAUACAUGUCAAAUCUUUCAACUAGCUCAACUUUUCAAGGCUAUAGUGUGAUGAUUUCGAUUCCCAUAAACGUGAUAACGAUUGCAACAAAUAAUCAGUUUUAGCGGCUCAUUGUUCCCGUUGGAUGUGAGAUACUUUGUCCGCGGGCGGCAUUUCACAUUGCUGCCGGACUCGUCGGUAACAACAAAGGCACACGGUUCGCGAUGGGUUAUUACUGCACGGUGCCCCAGUGCACCUCGCUGGCCGGGAAGACCAAGAACGUGAAAUUCCACCGGUUCCCCCGCGAUGAGACAAUGGCAGACAAGUGGAACGUGAUUCUAAAACGCGGGAAGCCGUACACGAAAUACUCCAAAGUUUGCAGUCUGCAUUUCACUCAGAAUGACUACAACGUCACAAACAUGGGGCAAUGGAAGACCUUGAGCAAAGACGCCGUGCCCUCCCAGAACCUUCCCAAGCUGAACCCUGACGGAAGCGUCAUGGUCAUCCGCAAGAGCCGCACCCUCAAGUACAAGGAGAGCAGGAAAGACGAACCUAUUGACAAGACAGAGAAGUGGUCCCCCAUCGGGAUGAGCCACGCGCCGCCCGCGCCCCUGCCCGAGCCAGCCCUGGAGCCCGACACCAGCUUGGCGUACCGCCUGCAGACUCUGCACGCCAUCGCCAACGGCGUGUCCCCGCUCUCCCCCCCUCCACCCGCACACCCCGCGCACCCCGCCCCAGCGCCCCCCCGGCCGAAGAAGCAGGACGCCUUUAUGCAGACAGACCCCGUGCAGGAAGAGGAGGAGGAGAACAAUCAGCCCGACAACAGCUAUAGCGAGGCGAACGACAGCUACCAGUCGCAGUCUGAGCAGAUAGCCGAGUAUCCAGUCCAAUACAAGGAACCAGAAAAAUCAUACGAACCAAAAUCUUACGACACAAAAUCCUACGAGUCCAAAUCGUACGACUCAAAACCGUACGACUCAAAAUCGUACGACUCAAAAUCGUACGAGCCUCCAAAAGACUACACGAAACAGACAGACGACUACAUACCACAGACUGACGAGGAAUACAAUAAAGAGGCAGAGAAAUACGCGCUAGGCCAGAAAUCACUGAAUGGAUACGAUAAGGACCAGUACCAGAAAAGCUUGGAUUACCAGAAGAUGGGACAGCUGUAUGGGUUCAGCGAUAAACAGGAGUUUAGGAGUUACUAUCCUAAUGGGUAUACAGAUAGUGCGGAGAUCCUCCGCAACCAGCAAGCGAACCUCCAAAUACUUCAGCAGCAGCACCGGGUGACGGAGAACCAGAAUUUCUUCACCGAGGGCAUCAAGCAGGAAGUUGAUCUCAGCGGAGAUGACAUGUACGAUCGGGGCAAGGAGCUUGCUGAGAGAGAAGCGGGCAUGUACGACGCGCAGCGCCGCCUCGCGCAGCAGCGCGCGCUGGAGCUGGGCGCGCCGCCGCUGGUCAAGCAGGAGCCCGAAGGCUGUGAAAAUGUGAUGCAACCACAGGGAAGCCCCUACGGCUACUCUAACGGACUCAACGGUGUACAGGGAUACUACGAGCAGCUGUCGCGGCCGGGACCGGAGAUGCUCAUCGCCAAGCAGAACGCGUUGGCGGCGCAUACGCAACUCUGGCAAAACACAAUGAAGAGACCAUUCUUCUAUAGCGAAAGCCCACACUACAACGGCCCGCCGUUACUGCAUAGAUACGAGGAUAUACCAAGAAUCCUCCAGUGAGUAACAUUCCAAAGCGGCGGUGAAUAAUAAAUAUAUUAUAAUAUAAAGUUAAUAAUAAUUGUAAAACUAUGUUCUCUUAAAGACGAUAAUCUCUCGGUUUCCUUUUGUAAUAAUAUAUUUUUUAUCGUGUUGAAGAUAAAUAUCGUGGUUACAGUCCUUUAUAGUUAAUAAUUAAAAAUUUAAAACACCAGAUUUUUAUGUUGAAUUAUCAAAUACUACAUAUUUUCCAAAAUAGACCCUAUUUUACAUACUUGACAAUUGUCAUCUGACAAUGAUAAUUUGCCGAAAAAUUUUGCCAAACUGUCAUUGUCAUGUUGGCAAAUUGACAAAACGUGAAAUGUGACACAUGUCAACAAAUUCCGUGUUACACUAAUCUAAUACUGAAUACAGAUGUAGUGCAUAAUUGUUUUCCAUCGUAUUUUCUCGGAAACGUUCGUAUUUGUCAUGCUGCUACAGUUAAUCUCAGUACUUUUUGUACCGAGACUGAAUGAAAUAGCAAGUCGCGUUCGUACGUUUCCGUAAAAAUAUGAUAUAAAAAAUAAUUAUGCACUACAUCUGUAUGUAUCAUCGUAAACACUGUUAACUAAUCAUAAAUGUUGUUCGAUGUUAUAUCAGUCUAAACGAGUAAUUUUACAUUCAUAUUACCAGAAAUAUUUCAAAAAUUAUUGCAAUAAAGGACUGUAAACCCAAAAGUCACUCUAAGCAAUCUAAUAUAAUAAACGUUGAAAAUUGUACAAAUUACAAUAAAAAUGAUGGCAUUUUUCGCUUAUGUAUCAGUGCAGAUGUAUGUAGUACAUAAUUAUUUACCAUCGUUUUUUCACGGUAAUGUGCGAACUUGUCUGUCUGUUUCAGACAGUGUCGGUACAAAAAGUACUGAGGUUGACUGAAGUACCAUGACAAAUACGCAAGUUUCCGAGAAAAUACGAUGGAAAACAAUUAUGCACUACAUCUGUAUGAAACUACGUACUAAUUACGGAUUACGAAUGAAUUUUUAAUCAUGAACACACUUUUAUUCUUAGUUUUUCAUGAAGAUAACUAAAAAAGUACUCAAUAUAAAUAUAAGGCUCUAAGGCCUGAUACCUGUUAAAAUUCAUAUUGUAAAAGUAGAAAACGUUAUCAAUUUAAAAAAAAAUCAUAUGACUAUGACAUAACGCUGCAGUGAACGUUAAGAUACAAAUCAGAAAACUGGUUUUAUAUGAAAGGGAAAACCUUCAAAUAAAAAUUUUUUUUUUUUUUUAGAAAAUUGGCUGCCAUUUUAUCAAUCUGACACUGAAAAUUCAGGCCAAAAGUAACUUCUGUCACUGGGUGGAAGUGACAUUUCUAGUGUCAGAUGACAAUUGUCAGGUUGGCAAAAUAAGGGCCUGUUAUUCUGACAAAAAUGUGUGUACUUUAUUGGAAAAGAAUCAGUAUUUUCUGAACUCUUAACAAAGCUGCAGCAUUUUUUUUACCAAAUUGACUCAAUUAUCUCUGUGUGAUAAAUUUCUAUUUGAUUUAAUCAAAUUAUAUUUUUCAUCAAAUCAAAUUAUUCAGAGACAUGUAUAUUAUUUUGUUUGUUAUGUAAUUUUUUUAUAUUAUGUUUGAUUUAUUUUUAAAAAAUUAAAAUAUAUUUAUGUAAUGCGAUAAUAGUUAAGUUAUAAUAUUAUAGUUACCAGUAAGUCGAUGGAUAUGCCAUUAAAUAAAAGUCAUUUAUACUUAACUGAGAUACCGUCAUACAAUUGUAGGUAUGAUUUAAUAGAUUGAGAAAAAACUAUGGUCUCUUGUCAUUUUGGCAAAAAUGAGGCAUUACCUAUUAAAAGGGACCUUAUUGUCGAUGGCGCUUACGCCGCUCAGCGUCACGCCACAUUGUAUUUAUAUCGGAGCAUCGUUAAUAAUGGCGUAAGCGCCAUCGACAAUAAGGUCCCUUCUCAUAGAUAACGUCGCAAAUAACUAGUUUGCCAGUCACCUCAAAAUAUUAAUAUCUAAAUUUAUAUACAGAUUUUGAAUUCAGUUUUAAAUUCCGGCUAUGAGCUAAUAAAAUUUUGACAAGAACCCGUUUUAUACAGAUGUCAAUGUUUGAUAACAAAUCAAGAAAGAUAUUUAAUUUACAAAGCCAACAUAACUGACUAAAUAAGAACUGGGGAUCUAGUUAGGGUUACCAGAUGACAGGGAUUUUCCUGACAUGUCAGGAAUUUUGGCCUUUUGUCAGGAAUGGGGACGGAACACGAAAAUGUCAGGAAUGUUUUGAAUUGAUAGACUUUUUUAUAAAGUACAUUUUUAUUUAGGUACUUAUAGUAAUACAAAUGGCUCAAUCUGUCAAAUAAUUUUGUCAGGAAAAUCUAAAUUUGUAUCUGGUAACCCUAGACCUAGUCGACAUGACCAUCGUUAUUAGGAAAUGCCAAUUGAAACUUAUGGAAAUAGCCAUGUGACUUUUCGUAGCAUCGGUUAUCCCUUGUGUUUGGCGAUGUACGGUUGUCACCUUGGCUAGGCACUCUGUUAUCUUUCAGUCGUGAGGUUUUACAAUUACGUAAUUUUGACAAUUGCCAAUCGCUAACUAGCGCAGCGGUUGCUAUUGUCAUCUUUGCAAAUUGUACAAAUGUCAUAUUUAUUGUCACCUUCGUGAAUUGUAAAGACUGUUGACAACUGUCAUGUUUGCAAAAUUGUCAAUUGUGUUGUAUUUGUAAUACAGUCAGUACCAAUAAUAACGUUAACUACUCAGCAAAAGUUUCAACCGUUAUCUAAUAGCUUUAUAAAAGAAAAAUAGUUUCUCAAAGGACUGACACAUUAUUCGUAAAACUAUCAGAGGUUGUCAGAUAAUUUGCUGCGUUGUUAUAUGUGGUUUUCCAUCACAGAAGGGCCCGUAUGCUUCAAGUUCCAUAAGGAUCUGAAAUUUCAACAAAAAAUAUUUAAAAACAUCCUAAUAAAUCAAAAGUCCCCCGCCGUGUCUGUUCGGGUUCGUGUUCGUGAAGCAUAAGAAAAGGACCCUUCUCAGAAGGAAAGCCACAUCAUUGAUGCUGACUGUACCGUUUGUGGAGUGCCAAGCGUAUUCAGUGACUCGUUUAAAGCAUUUGGGUCAAAAACAUUAUUGUGUUACGUCUUUCCUGUAGACAUACACAAGAGUUAAGGGCUAUAAAGGUUAAUUUUCUUAUUUAACCCUUAUCCACGUGAAAAGGUCCUCCUUUUAUUUGGAGAACUAUGAUAAAAUCAUUACUUACAUGCCCACGAGCUGUUAACUAUUGCCCACAGGAGAGAAAACUAGUGUGUUCGCAUGAACUG